CCGCCGGCACUUUCGGGGCGGCGCCGGGCAAGUUUGCCGGCGGCGGGCAGAGGCGCCUGCGGAGCGGGACGGCGGCGGGGCUGAGGCUGAGGCGCGCCGCACCUGCCUGCCGCGCGGCCAUGGGCGGCCGGGGCGCGGCGCUGCCGGGGCUGGGGCUGCUGCUGCUGCUGCUGGCGGCGCCGGGCGCGGCCGCCAAGGCGCUGGCCUGCCAGGAGAUCAGCGUGCCCAUGUGCCGCGGCAUCGGCUACAACCUGACCUACAUGCCCAACCAGUUCAACCACGACACGCAGGACGAGGCCGGCCUGGAGGUGCACCAGUUCUGGCCGCUGGUGGAGAUCCAGUGCUCGGCCGACCUGAAGUUCUUCCUGUGCAGCAUGUACACCCCCAUCUGCCUGCCGGACUACGCCAAGCCGCUGCCGCCCUGCCGCGCCGUCUGCGAGCGCGCCAAGGCCGGCUGCUCGCCCCUCAUGCGCCAGUACGGCUUCGCCUGGCCCGAGCGCAUGAGCUGCGACCGCCUGCCCGCGCCGGGCGACGCCGACGUGCUCUGCAUGGACUACAACCGCUCCGAGGCCACCACCGCGCCCGUGCCCGGCGCCAAGCCCACCCGGCCCGCCCGCGGCGCCCGCAAGAGCCUGGCGCCGCCCGCCGGCCAGGGCUGCCGCCCGGCCUGCCGCUGCCAGGAGCCGCUGGUGCCCAUCGCCCAGGAGAGCCACCCGCUCUACAACCGCAUCGCCACGGGUGGCGUGCGCAACUGCGCCAUGCCCUGCUUCCAGCCCUACUUCACGCCGGACGAGAAGACCUUCGCCGCCUUCUGGAUCGGCCUCUGGUCGGUGCUCUGCUUCCUCUCCACCUUCACCACCGUGGCCACCUUCCUCAUCGACAUGGAGCGCUUCAAGUACCCGGAGCGGCCCAUCAUCUUUCUCUCGGCUUGCUACCUCUUCGUGUCCCUGGGCUACAUCAUCCGGCUGGUGGUGGGCCACGCCAAGGUGGCCUGCGACCAGGAGCACCACCACAUCCACUACGAGACCACGGGGCCGGCCCUCUGCACCGUGGUCUUCCUCCUCCUCUACUUCUUCGGCAUGGCCAGCUCCAUCUGGUGGGUCAUCUUGUCGCUCACCUGGUUCUUGGCGGCUGGCAUGAAAUGGGGCAACGAGGCCAUUGCCAGCUACGCGCAGUAUUUCCACAUGGCUGCGUGGCUGAUCCCCAGCAUCAAGUCCAUCGCCGUGCUGGCCCUGAGUUCGGUGGAUGGCGACCCGGUGGCCGGCGUCUGCUACGUGGGCAAUCAGAACCUUGACAAGCUCCGGGGUUUUGUCUUGGCACCUUUGGUGGUGUACCUUUUCACCGGGACCAUGUUUCUGCUGGCAGGGUUUGUGUCCCUCUUCCGGAUCCGGAGUGUAAUCAAACAAGGGGGCACCAAAACAGACAAGCUAGAGAAGCUGAUGAUCCGGAUCGGGAUCUUUACGGUCCUGUACACCGUCCCGGCGACCAUCGUGGUGGCCUGCUACAUCUACGAGCAGCAUUACAGGGAGAGGUGGGAGCAGGGUCAGAACUGCUCCUGCCCCGGGGACAAGCAGAAAAUGAAGCCCGAUUAUGCCGUCUUCAUGUUGAAGUACUUCAUGUGCCUGGUGGUGGGAAUCACCUCGGGGGUCUGGAUUUGGUCAGGCAAGACCCUCGAGUCUUGGAGGCGGUUCACAGGGAGAUGUUGUCAGAGUGGAAAGCCAGUCAGUGCACCUAUGUACAGUGAAGCCAACACAGCUCUGACGGCAAGGACAGGGGUGCCCAGUUCGGCUUCCUACCAUAAACAAGUUCCACUCUCCCAUGUAUGAAAGAGCACCUUGCUUGUUGGGAGCAGGUAAGCACAGCGUGGCCGGAGUUGCCAACUGGAAAGAUUUCAGGCACCAGACUGGGUCUCUCUCUGUGUUCUGUUCUGAGACUCUGUGUGCAUUUCGCCUGGGAUGUCUAACUUGGUGUACACUUGGCCUCUGGUGUACACUUACUAUUUAAUUUGAGUAACGACUGUUUCAAAUCCAUUCCACUUGGCUGAACUGAGAUACUGUGUCAGACAAAUGUUUGUUGCUGGUUUCUAGUAGCAGAACGUUUUUCUCCGUGUAAUGCUGUCUUUCGUAUUUCAGCCACACGUGUGCACACUACUGAAGUUGAAAUAUAAAGAACCGAUAGGGAGGGAGCAUCUGCUUUUAAGACAAGAGGCUUGUGAAGUUAUGGCCAAGCAGACUCAAGUUUCAGAUUUUAUUUUUGGAGGGCUUAAAUCUACCAUCCUCACUUCUGACACCCGUCCGUGCCAAAUCACAUGCCAGGGAGCCUCGUACAGCGUCUGGCUGUGGGUAUUAGUUUCCCCUGUGCAGCUAUGAGAAGUAGUUUAAAAUAAAAACUAGGAAGGGCAGUGUGUUGGUUUUGAGGAGGAGGCUUCAAGGAAGCCUUUCCCAAAUCCAGAAAGUGACCACAUCUUUGUGCGCCGAUUUUUUCUUUGCAAAAAGAAACAUUCAGUGGGAGAUCUUAAUGCCUGAAGGCUACUGAACUUAGAAAAUGCUCUCUCCCCUUCCUGGUGCGCUGGACUCUUCCGAAACACAAAGACGACAGGGCGGUGAGAGUGCCGUAAAUCCAGUGCUGGUAACAGCUUUUCUCAAAGGUAAUUUGAAUGCUAACUUGGCAUAAGGGGCCCAGACAGCAGCUGGGAUGACUUGGUAAGGAGAUUUGCUUUGACCGAGUGGUGAAGCUAGCCACCGAUCGUAUGAGAGUUUAUUUUGAAACAGAGCUCACUGAAUCCAGUGGGACUGACUCCCAUGUAAUUAUGCCUUUAAAAGCAUGGGGGGUGUAUUUUGAUUUCCUAGAACUGCAGCCUGUUGUUAUAUCUGUUCUGCCUGCCUGCCACUCACAGGGCUUUAUGGUUUUCAUGUUCGGCUGCUAUUUGUAAAGAGAGAAAGAUGGGAUCUGUUCCAGAAAUCGAAGCGAACAGAUAUCUGUAAGGCAUGUUUUAUGCCUUCCCUCCCCAGUAGUAAGACAGUGCCUCUUGAGCAGUUGAAUUGGCAGGGCUAAAAACGAAAGAAAGAAGCGAGCAAGUACAAUCAAGUCCCCUCUUUGUGGAGGGGGCUCUGCUCCUGGGCUUGGAAGCGCGGGCUGCAGAGACACCUUUUGUCCAGUUCACGUCCUAUCUAAGCGGACCCUCCCCACUAACAGAAAGCAGUAUUAGAUUUGGCAGCGGGUCCCUUCCAAUGCAAAAUGUUUGCACUUUAAAUAUAAAUGAGAAAACAGACAAAAGCCCUCCCCACACCCGUUCGGAUCAUCAGCUUUUUAUGACAUGUUGAAUCUGCAGAGAACGAGAGUUUCACUGAUCCCUGACCAAAUGGACAGUGAAGAGAUGCUCCCCUGGGAGAGGCUUGGAGAUAGCUCGACCUCUGUGGGUGGCAUGUGCGGGGGGAAUGUAGACCCCCCCCUUAGGAGUUUGGGUAACCAUCUGCACUGAACUACAGUGCCAGGCGUGCCUGGGGAAGAGCAUCACUGCAACCAGUGGGUUGUUUUGCUUUUCUGCUGGCCCACUGGCAUGGAUAUAUCCAGCGCUUGUACGGACCUGCAUGCACAAAUGAUCCAUCACAGACAAAAUGCUGCAGAGGAACUUGUAGGACCUUCAGAGACAAUCUGUUUUUAAUGAAGUGUGUGUGAAUGUGUGUGUCUCAUCCCCAGAAGAAGUUAAGCACUUGAUUAACGCUGUAUUCUACUGAAACCAACAGGGUUACAUUUAAUAAUGUUUAGAUUGCUAUUUAAUAUGGGUUAGAUUACACUUGGGUUGCGAGAGAACAAUCCAGAUUCAGUGCUGUGGCUUAGAGCUUGCUGAACGCUUCCUUGUUAGGAUGUCUGACUUCCUUGCCUCCUCCUCCUCCUGGCAGCCCCAACACCCGCCCAAAUGCUGCUCCUGGGACAUGGAGGGGCCCCCUCCAUGAAGGGGCAGUCUGAGGUGUGCAGCGGGAGGCAGGCAUCAGUGAAAAUGGGUCCCCCUUUCUGUCCUUGGAAGUUCCAUCCUUGGCAGCCUUUUCUUCAGUUCGCCAGUGUACUAUUUGAACGGGAGUCAUUUUUACGCUUCAUCCAUUUGCAGUCAGUCCUGCACUUUAAAUCUGUACCAGCUCCUUUUCAGGACAAACAAUUCCCUCCCCGCAAGCCAAUACAGAGUUCUCCUGAAGUUCUCCGAGAACCCUUGCCUCGCUCCCGCUUAUAAACCGCUCACUUUCCCUGCCAGUGGGGCAACGGGCAGAAGCCUCUGCAUGGGCUUUUUUCCCUUGGAGGAGGAGGCUGCCCUCCUGCUGAAGGAACGUGAGUGGCUUUGGACAAUCUGCCGGUUGGGGUGGUGGUUGGAUUUGGCUGCACAGGAAUGUAUGGUUUGGAGAAGUCGCAGUCCGUUCGUGGGUAGGGUGGACAUGCCAUCGGUAGUGUCAGAGGUUGAAUGCACACCUGGUGCCUUGCGAAGGUAAAUGGAGACAAGGCCAAAACUUGGCCCAGACCAGGCUGCAACCGGCGACGCUCCCUUUUUUUGUUCUUAAAAUCCCAUCAAAGAAAAUUGGCAUGGCUUAUGGCUGCUAGCCAGGAAGGUGCCUACCAUGGAGCUAAGACAGCCUUGAGACUUGCUGGAAUUGAGAUGCCAAAUUCUGGCAUGGGGUGGACAUAACCAUCACCUAACCCCAUCUCUGUGGAACACCGUCUCUGUCUAACAGUCAGUCCCGAAAGUGCCAUUUAGGGCUGCAUUGGGACCAAGCUCCCUUGGUGGCUAAGCCCACUUCUUCAUGCUUCCGUGUACACUGCAGGGAAGAUUUGUUAGAAGAUGCUACACAGCAGCGAUGGCUGGACCUAUAGGUUAUUUUUUUAAACAUCAGGUUGGCUAUUUUUACCUUAAAUAUUUCUCAGCAGUUGCUCUUGUAUGUCUUUAGAGGGAAACUAUAAAAGACCUUCCCUGUGCUGGACUCUUUUAGCAGAACACUAGAAUAUCUUGACUGUCCAGCACUAAACACGCUAAUGAACUAGCUAUUUCUGAACUAGGACUGUGCUAGUCCUACACGGUUCGGAACCAUCCAGGGCAACUGACAGGCACACCAUUUCUUGAAAGUGAAUCCACAUUAUGUGAUAAAACAUGAUUAGGAUGGAAAUUAACUAAAUUACUUUGCAUUCAACUGACAACAUUAAUGCAUCUUCCUUCCCAGGGUUCCAAUAGCAGUGAAACCAUAUUUACACCUUCCAAGGAUGAGUCUGCAAGUUAUUAAUGGUCUCCAUACAGCGAGCCGCCUACAUACAAGAUGCUCUUAAAGAAGCUCCUCAAAUUUUUAAUUCAAGGGGGAAAACAAACAAACAGGCAAGAGCUACUGCAGUGGCAGAGGUGCAUCUUCCCAUAAUCUGUGCAAAGGGUCCACUCUGCUCCUCCGCAGAUACCCAAGCAGACCUCAGGGCCUUGCGGGUGGCGGCACUCGCCCUGCUAGUUCCACAAAUCAAUGCAGACACCUUAUGGUUUAGAGCAUGCAAUUUGUUUGUCUAUGUAAAAGGAGCUGGCGGACAUCUGGGAAUUCUCUCUCAGAACUGUAAUCUGUAUAUGUCACUGUUCAGGGCAUUUAAAAAAACAACAACGAAGUCUAGCUGGUUGACAAGGAUGGCUGGAUUGGAUGAACUAUUGGCUGCCUUAAGGUUCAGCACAAGAAUCUGCAUACAUAUUAAACACAUUCUGUUAAUAAUUUAAGAGAUUACACUUUCAGUGUCUUACAAACGGAAUCGCUUCCAGCGGAAAGUCCUAAAUUGAGAAAGUUACUUCUGGAUGCUAAAAGGGGAAAGAGCAAAAGAUAAGCAGCAGAAUGCAAUUUUCUGACUUUUCAAGACAUAUUCUUAGUUUGUCACUGGCAGAAUACAUUUGGAUCAAGACAUGGUGUAUACCAGAAUGCUUGCAGUAAACGUUUGUAUUAAAAUAAUUGUGUAUAUACAGAAUCUCUAGUAAACUUUUGAUACGGGUUGGAAGCAGGUUGAGAGUCUUAAUGACAGAGAUGCGGCUUUGAGCAUCAGUCACACAAUGGCGCAUUCAAAUUGUUUUUGAGAUGUCAGAUUCAUGCAUAGAUCCCCGCUGCUCUUUCAAUCGUGCCUUUUGUAGAUUGAGCUUUUACAUGUUUCUUGCAAUACGAUUAACGAGAUCAUGCCAAAAGAUGGUUUUUGUUUUUAAAGGAGAGGAUAGCCGAUUCUGUAAAAAAAGCUUUAAGAGGAAAUAAACCACCUUCAAACCUUCACCUUAA